AUUUAGUCGUAAGAAAGCUAAGAACCACCAAACGCGGCUAGAUUCUCCCUCAAAGCUGCUCCAGUUCCUCUACGACCCUAUAAAUGGCUUUGAAUCACUCUCACAUGCCCAUUUCCUUGACUUUUCAGCCCCGGAAAAGCUGUUUCUCAGUCCUCUCAUACAUUCCUUCUUCUUUUCUAUGAUCCAAGUUUGAAAUUCCGGCAUCUCUCUAAAGGAUCUCCGUUCGAAUCAUAGGGCUCAUAAUCGUAGUUUCUCCUUGGAAUUGCUGUCUUGAAGUGGAUUUUCAUUAAAUUUUCAUAUCUUUAAUGGAAGAAGGCGAGCUUGAAUCCUCAAAUCCAGAAGUGUUUUCGAGUUCGAAUGCCGUCGAGCUUCCGAACAGUUGCUCAAUGGAUACCUUCUUGGAUGAAAUUCUAAAGGACACUCAUGCUUGCACACACGCUCAUACUUGCAAUCCUUCUGGUCCUGAUUAUUCACAUACACACACCUGUUUUCAUGUCCAUACUAAAGUUGUCUCUUCCCCGACCGAAGACAAGGUUUCCACUGACGACACAGCGGAGUCUGUGGAUAAGAAGACUAAGAAACGCUCGCUAGGUAACCGCGAAGCAGUUCGUAAAUACCGGGAGAAGAAAAAGGCGAGGGCUGCAUCAUUGGAAGAUGAAGUUAUGAGAUUGAAGGCCCUGAAUCAGCAACUGUUGAAGAGAUUGCAAGGCCAGGCUGCAUUGGAGGCUGAGAUUUCUAGGCUUAAAUGUUUGCUUGUGGAUAUUCGAGGAAGAAUUGAAGGGGAGAUUGGAAGCUUUCCAUAUCAUAAACCAGCCAAUUCAAAUCUUCUCAAUCAAAAUGCACCUGGAAGUUAUGUGAUUAAUCCAUGUAAUGUUCAAUGCAACGAUCAGCCGUAUUGCCUUAAUGCAGGGACCGAUGGAAAAAGUGGAGAGAGCGUUUUGUUGAACGGGCAUAGUUUUAGCGCGUGUGACAUCGGAAAUCUCGAGUGCUUGGCCAAUCAAAACACAGGAGCAAAGGAACUUCCGGACUGUGAAUUAAACCAGAAGAAAGGUGUAUAUGUGUUAUAAAAGCCUGAACUUCAUGUUGCCUUUCAAAGCAAAAUCCGACUGCUCCCGAAGAUCUCUCUACCGUCUUAGGUUCUUUUCAUAUGUAGCUUGCAAGACUCCUGCUGGGGUCCGUAAGGCGACGAAAAAUGCGAAGAGCUGAGCUCGGAUAGUAUAUGCAUCCUUUUGUGUAUAUAGGCCUGCCCCACGUCCAUUCCUGUUCUUCUGUUCAGUGCAGCAUCAACAUUAUCUUUCAGGAUUUCAAAACACCUCAAGGAAACUUAAAUCUGCGCGUUCAACGUUCAAGACAACUUCGAGUAGCAUGUAGAGUCUAAGACGAACCGAGCACAUUUGUCACUUGCAUUCCGAGCCAUCCAUAUCGACCCGGGUUCGCCAUUGUUGAAUGAAAACUGCUCCUGGUGGCUAUACUUUUGAGGAGCCAUGAAGUAAAAUCACUUUCUAAAUCUCAACAUCAUAGGUGAGCUUCAGAGGAGAUUGCUUAAGGCUUAAUGCUUUGGCUCUGUUAUUAUUUUGGGGUGAAAUUUGAAUCUCUUCCAACAUCUUCAGUAUACAUAAAGAGAUUUAUUCCAGACUUAAUUUCCUUUUCA